UCUCUCUCUCUCUCUCUCUCUCUCUGUGAUUACGCAUCACAUUUGCAAUAUAAAUCGGAACCUUCAUUUCUUCUUCUUCUUCUUCACAUUCAUUCUUUCAUCAACGUUUGUUUCAGUGAUCUCACAAAAUAAUCAACCAUGCAUACUCUUGUUCGAUCCACUCUCAGAACCAAGUCUACUUCAGCUUUAGCAUCUGCAGCAGUUUCCAGAAGUUUUCAAGAAACUCUACUUCAGGCUCCCUUAUGGUCGAGGACAAGUAGUUCACAAUCUUCUUUGGCAAAGGAUAGUUCAACUUCUGAUGCGAAAACUGGCCAAGGGUUCAAGAGCCAUGAUAUGCUUGCCCCUUUCACUGCUGGGUGGCAGACUAAUGAGUUGAAUCCUUUGAUUAUUGAAAAGUCUGAGGGAAGUUAUGUAUAUGACAUAAAUGGGAAGAAAUAUCUUGACGCACUUGCUGGUCUAUGGUCCACCGCUCUAGGUGGAAGUGAGCAACGCCUGGUUGAUGCUGCCACUGCACAAUUAAAGAAGUUGCCAUUUUACCAUUCCUUCUGGAAUCGAACCACAAGACCUGCAUUGGAUCUAGCCAAGGAGCUACUAGAACUUUUUACAGCCAGAAAAAUGGCCAAAGCUUUUUUUGUUAAUAGUGGCUCAGAAGCCAACGACACUCAGGUAAAACUUGUAUGGUAUUAUUACAAUGCACUUGGAAAGCCAGAUAAGAAGAAGUUCAUAGCUCGCACUAAAUCGUAUCAUGGUUCAACUUUGAUAGCAGCCAGUCUUUCUGGUCUUUCGGCUUUACAUCAAAAGUUUGAUCUGCCAGCUCCUUUUGUUUUGCAUACUGAUUGUCCACACUACUGGCGGUAUCAUCUUCCAGGUGAGACAGAGGAAGAGUUCGCAACCAGAUUGGCCAACAAUUUGGAAGAGUUAAUUCUGAAAGAGGGACCAGAGACAAUUGCUGCAUUUAUUGCAGAACCAGUGAUGGGGGCUGGUGGUGUAAUACUUCCACCAGCAGCUUAUUUCGACAAGAUCCAAGCUGUUGUCAAGAAGUAUGAUAUCCUUUUUAUUGCAGAUGAGGUAAUCUGUGCCUUUGGGAGGCUUGGGUAUAUGUUUGGAUGUGACAAAUAUAACAUUAAGCCAGACCUUGUUUCCUUGGCAAAGGCACUUUCUUCUGCAUACAUGCCAAUUGGAGCUAUCCUUGUGAGCCCUGAAAUUAUAGAAGUAAUACAUUCACAAAGCAACAAACUUGGUGUAUUUUCUCAUGGGUUCACUUAUUCUGGGUCACCCGUACCUUGUGUCGUUGCACUUGAAGCACUCAAGAUCUACAAGGAAAGAAAUAUUGUUGAUGUAGUGAACAAGAUAGCACCAAAGUUCCAGGAUGGCGUAAAAGCGUUUUCUGACAGUCCCAUCAUUGGAGAGAUACGGGGAACUGGCUUGAUCCUAGCGACUGAGUUCGUAGACAACAAAUCACCCAAUGAUCCAUUUCCUCCUGAAUGGGGAGUAGGUGCCUAUUUCGGAGCACAGUGCGAGAAGCUUGGGAUGUUAGUUCGUGUAGCUGGGGAUAAUAUCAUGAUGUCUCCACCAUUUAUUAUAUCACCUGAAGAAGUUGACGAGUUAAUCAGCAUUUAUGGUAAAGCUUUAAGAGAAACGGAAAAGAGAGUACAAGAGCUCAAGUCUCAACGCAAGUAGCUGAGGCAGAUGAUGACGAUGAAAUAAUAAACUCUACUUCCUUUGUGUGAAGAGGAGGUUUUUAAUGUAAUAACUUAUCAGGAAAAUUUCUUAAUAGAAACUUUGUUCCAACUUUUUCGUUCUUGUAAAUAUUAGUGUGUGUGCGUAAUUCGGAUCCUUAUUAAAGUAAACUGCAAAGGGGGCACUUCCAAA